AUGAUUCUAUCCUCAGUAGGCCUUCUCGCACUUGCGAGUUGCCUCAGCACUGCUGUUGCGCAGAGCAGCCAACCGGUUCCUUACAAAGUCCAGACACCGCCUCUUGACACCGAUUGGACGUAUAAAGUCGGCACCAAUCCAUGGCCAGAAUAUCCCCGGCCACAGCUUCAGCGUGAUAGCUGGCAAAGCCUCAAUGGCAUCUGGACAUUCCAGCCUGCCAGCCCUGGAGCCGACGCGGGCAGUCCUCCCACAGGCAAGCUCCAGCGCGAAGUGCUCGUGCCGUCAUGCGUUGAGAGCGCGCUGUCAGGACUGCAGUUGUUGAACGUGACCGAUAUGUGGUUCGCGACCAGCUUCAAGACACCAAAAGGCUGGAAUGGCCAGAAUGUCAUUCUCAACUUUGAGGCCGUCGACUAUCAGGCGACGGUGUUUGUGAAUGGUGUCAAAGCCGGGAAUAAUACUGGAGGAUAUUUCCGAUUCGGAUUGGAUAUCACCAAGCUCCUCAAGGACGGAGAUAACAGCUUAACUGUCUUUGUUCAUGAUCCCACGGAUCUCGACGUCAUUCCAAUCGGAAAGCAGACUCGAAACCCUAGCCACAUUUUCUACAGAUCUUGCUCCGGUAUAUGGCAGUCUGUAUGGCUGGAGAGCGUGCCUGAAAAUCACAUUACUGCGCUUGAUGUUGCUGCUGGCAUGGAUGGCACAGUCACCGUGACGGUUCACAGCUCAGGCAAGCAAGGUGCCUCAGCCAAAGUAUCAGUCAUUGGCCAAAAUGGUCGCGCCGUUGCUUCGCAGAGCGGUCCUUCAGACAAGCAGUUCACUUUCAAGGUCAAACAACCAAAGCUGUGGUCUCCAUCGUCUCCAACUCUGUACAAUCUAACAGUGACAUUGGGUGAUGACGAGGUAUCCAGCUACACCGGCUUCCGCACAAUCACGAGCGGCAAGGUCAAGGGAGUUCAGAGACCACUGCUGAACGGACAGUUCACUUUCAUCUUUGGCACGCUCGAUCAAGGCUUCUGGCCUGACGGACUCUACGCGCCUCCCAACAGAGAAGCUAUGGUAUAUGAUUUGAAGAUGCUCAAGAGUCUUGGUUUCAACGCCGUCCGAAAGCAUAUCAAAGUUGAACCUGAUCUGUUCUACCGGGCCUGUGAUGAAUUGGGCCUGAUGGUCAUCCAAGAUAUGCCCAGCCUUGUGGCCGAUGGCAGUCGACCACCCAAUCCGGCCCAGCAAGCGGAGUUCCAGCGCCAGCUCGAAGUUCUUAUUCAUGAGCAUAAGAAUUAUCCAUCAAUUGUGACUUGGGUCAUCUAUAACGAAGGAUGGGGACAGCUCCCGGGCCCUCCGUAUCCUGAGAUUGCCCUUGUAGAUAUCGUGCGCAAUAUCGACCCAACAAGAAUAAUUGACGCGACCACAGGGUGGAACGAUCACGGCGCAGGUGAUUACUCUGACAACCACCACUACGCCAAUCCGCAAUGCGGCACGCCCUUCUACUCCACGCCGUCCAGACCAUAUGACCCCAGUCGCAUCGGAUUUCAAGGCGAAUGGGGCGGCAUUGGUCAUAACGUGUCGAUUGAGCAUCUUUGGAAUGUCCAAGAGGCGAUCAACACCAUCAACCAGACAUAUGAGGUCGACGCCGACCUCGCUUCGUACAACUAUCGGGCCAGCCUCUUGUUCUCCGAGUUCCGCGACCAGGUGGAAAAAUAUGCUUGUAGCGGCGGCAUCUGGACACAGACGACCGAUGUCGAAGGCGAAGUGAACGGCUUGCUGACGUACGACCGACGUCUUCUGAGGCCAAAUGCGAACCAGUGGAAAAAGGACAUCAAGAGCCUGUAUACGGCGGCGGCUGGAAGGCGAUAG